AUGUCAGAAACCCGUCUGGAUGACGUCAUUGGUCACUUCGAGGUGGCACUGGAGGGGCGCUCCUGCAAAGUACGAACGGAGGAAACAAACUUAGGCAACUUCUGCUCCGAUGUAAUUUUGGCCGCCAUGAACGCCGACUGCGUGAUCCUCAACUCGGGCACCCUGCGCAGUGACCGCGUCCAUCCGGCCGGCGACUUCACCAUGCGUGACCUGGUGACCAUCGCGCCCUUCAUGGACGGGCUGGUGCUGCUUCAGGUCAAUGGCGCCACUCUGCAUCAGGCGCUGGAGAACGCCGUCUCGAUGUACCCGCGCCUGGUCGGCCGGUUCCCGCAGGUGGCCGGCCUGUCGUUCGUCUUUGACCCGGACAAGGAGCCCGGUCAGAGGGUCGACGCCAGGUACGUCAAGGUCGGGGACGUGUUCGUCCAGCCCGGCCACCUGUACAAAUUGGCCACAAAGGAAUACAUGCACCACGGCAAGGAUGGAUUCACCUGUCUGGCCGAGGCCGUGGUGUUGCAAGACGCUGAGAACAGCCCUGUUCUGAGAACGGCCAUCUUGAAUCACUUCGACGCCAUCAACCGGCUGCGUGGCUACUGCGGCGCGCAGGCCGCCUUCAGCGCCCACCGGCAGUCCAUUGUGCCCACGUCUCGCAGAAACAGCCGACUGAAGAGUACCAUGGAGCUCAGUGGCUUCAAGAGGCCAGAGUCCACCCUCCUCAGGCGAAGCAGCACCAGCGUCAUCAACCUGCCGCCAGAGUCUUCGGUGCGGAGGAGGAAUUCGGUGCAGGCGGCCACCGCGCUCACCCCGCACACCAUCAUGGACGCGCUGUACAACAUCGCGGACGACGCGGAGGCGCCGACUGCGCUCCAGCGGGGGCUCGGCGUGCUCAGCCAGCCGGCUGUGGCGGGCUCGCUGAAGGCUCGCCGCCUGGAGCACGACGUGGAGGAGUUGGAGAGCCGGGCGGCGCGGCUGGCUCCUGCGGUGGGAGAACAGGAUCUGCAUCGCCACGCCCCAGGUGUUGGAGAGGGUCCAGGCUGAGCGAAACCUGGUGGACCUGGUGAACCGCGAUGACAGUGACAGCUGACCAAUGAUCUGUCAGGCGCGUGACCUCGGCGACCGUCACAUGCACGUCUCGCCGGCCGCAGACCCCGACCUGACCUGCCCUCUCCUGUCCGUGCACUGCCACGCAGAGGCGGCAGCCGUCCAGUCCUCGGAAGGAUCGACACGAACUGGAUACGGAGGGGAGCAGUGACUCCCUGGGCUUCAGGAUACAUUGCUGCGGAGUGCGAUAGCCAAUCGCCAUGCCGUUUUUGGAUGUGCUGUUUAUCUGGGAGUUUGGGAUGCGGUGUCAAGAGCGCUCAAUGUGCAUAUAUCCAUUCGGACAUCAUAGCAUAAUGGUGUUUUCCCGCCGUUGGCAUGAGAGCCUGCACCACACAUCCCGAUGUGCCUUAAAUAUAUACCGCUUUGGGUUGGUGCAUGAUCCCCGAUGUAUACCGUUAUUGCUCAACCAAAUGUUUGGUCAUAGACGAAGCCGUGCUUCCUCAUGGUAUAUUGUUAUAUUAUCGCCCAGGUGACGGCUCCAUCUUGUUAGUUAUGUCUCCGUUCAGUCUAAUAUCGUGAGUGUUGUUGCGAAAUAUAGCGCGUCACUAGAA